CACAGUCUUACCAUCCCGUUGGAGUCUUCUCUGUAAUGCGGAUCAUUUUUAGCAGCCUCGCACAUUAAAAACACACAGACUGCGUGUAGUGUAAGUUGUGAACCCGCUGACAGCUCUGAGUGACUGGUGCGUUUGAAGGCGGAUGGGAGGCGGAGGAGUGUGUCCAAUGGCGCGGCUGAGGAGGCGGUGUACGAUGACAGAGAGAGGCGGGCUGCAGCAGCCAGCUGUUGGAAAGCAGCGCUCCUGAGCCAUCCGCUACUUGUGCACCAGGUGAAUAUCUCUGCAUCAGCGCGACAACACAACACAAGACUUCAUUAAGACAUCUCUGUGUUGUUGUUUUUUAUCCCUCUGUAGCUGCGACUUUUCCUGUUUGUUUGUUUGUUUGUCUGGUGUCGAGCCGGCGCGUGAAACUCAGACAGAAGGAGAUCGAGAGCAGGUGUCCAAGUGUCAGACAGCAGAAAAAAUGGGACGGAAGAAAAUACAAAUUUCUCGUAUUCUAGACCAGAGGAACAGACAGGUGACUUUCACCAAGCGUAAGUUUGGCCUGAUGAAGAAGGCGUAUGAGCUGAGCGUGCUGUGUGACUGCGAGAUCGCCCUCAUCAUCUUCAACAGCACCAACCGUCUGUUCCAGUACGCCAGCACAGACAUGGACAAAGUGCUGCUCAAGUACACCGAGUACAGCGAGCCACACGAGAGUCGCACCAACACCGACAUACUGGAGACCCUGCGUAGGAAAGGCCUCGGUCUCGACGGCUCAGAGCUCGACAGCGAGGAGAGCAUGCAGGUGGCUGCAGACAAAUAUCCUCUGAGCGAGGGCAUGGAUCUUUCUGUGGCUCGCCAACGCUUCUAUGGCCCGUCCCUCCUCUCACCUGAGGCCCAGUUCCUGGUGUCUGCAGGCUGUGAGAACGGUUUCCCCAACUCCUCUGGAUCCAGCACGGCCUCCCACAGACCUCCGGGCUUCAAAUCUCUGAGCUCCAGACCCGGCUCUGCCAGCCCUGCUGCGCCACAUGCACACACUGCGUUCAUGUCUCCACACUCAGGUAUCGGCUACUCUAUGUUCUCACAUGGUAACCUGAAUCGAGCUCUGGACAUGAAAAGCCCACCUCCUCUGAACCUGGGCAGUGAGAACCUACGCGGGGAGGCCGCUAAUCAGGGCAUGGGGGCCACACGUGCUAACCACAGCUCCGCUAGGGGGGUUUUGUACCAGGGUCUGCACAGCAGCAGCUCCAUGGUAGCCAUGGGGAAGGCAGGGCUGCUGGGUCACAGUUUGGGCGGCUAUGGCCUCCCCUCUCCUGGAGCCUCUGAGUACAGCCAGCCUGGUUUUUAUCACUCUGUUAGUCUACAGCGAGGAGCAGUGAACCCCUGGCAGCCAGCACAGCCGCCUCAGGAGCCCCAUGGGCCUCAUAUAGGCCCAGGGAUGUCCAGCGGAGGGUGCUCCUUCCCCUCCCAGUCCUGCUCCUCAACCUCUCCACAUCUGCCCUCCCUCAACCUCAGCAUCAAAUUGGAGCGGAGCUCUCCUGAGCACAUGUCCUCACCCACCUCCCCUCCUCUACACCACCUCAGGCAGCACUCUCCAAUGAGUAACCCCGACUCGGCUCGCCAAACCCCUCCAGAAGCCCGUCCGGCCAAUGAGGCGAAGGAGUUUCCCAAAGCCGGCUACCCACAAGACGAAGAGGAAGGAGGGCAGCCGCUCAGGCAGUUAGAGAUAAGUGAUGGGUGGCAGAGAUAGCUGGCUGCUGCAGUCUAACACCAUCUCCCAUUCAAUCAGCUAUCUUCCAUCAAAACACACACACACACACACACACACACACAUACACACAUAUAUAACACAGAAGAUAGCGAGAUGGGGUCGAUUUGUCCCCGUCAUCCCAGAGAGGAACGCCUCUCUUUGUCUCCUCACUCAGAGCUGGUCUCUCCUGGGCGAUGGAGAAUUUUCUCUGCAUCACUUGAUCGAUCCCACGAGGAGACAGAUGCAUACAGACAUUUGCUUUUUGUUUGGUUAGGUUUAGUUUUCUGUGUGGAGCAAAUGUGAAUCAAAAAAUACAAUUUGAAAUGUGUUCGUUUUGUUCCGUGACUUUGCUGAAGUUUAGCUACAGCAGCACAUCGGGACCAGCUGAAUUUCUCCAAAGCUGCAGACCAGUCUGAGUACAUAUCCGGCUUCAGGGGUCGUCAGCGUUCGACCCAGGUUUGAAAAAUACCUGUCAAACUACAUUUCACCGUCUUCGUAUAAAUGUCACGGUGAAAAGCAGACGGCAGAUGGAACAUGACUCAUCAUAGCAGCCAGAAGGAACCACUUAGUCUCUGUGUACAGUAAACCUUCACACACCUUAUGGCCCUCUCGCUUUAUAAGCUUUAAUGUUUUAGCCUUUAGCCCAAAAUCACUGACAUGAUCUCUCCACAUGAAACCAGUUAGAUAUCACCCGUCACUGGAGCCUUGGCCUUCUCUGAAACACACUAGGACAUUUUAAAGGAUGAAUUCACUUUUUUCCCUCCAAGAUUGUCUUUAAACAGUUCUCACAUGCCCAUAUGUGCACUGAAAUAUGUUUUUGUCCACUGUAACUGCUGCUCCUGUCCAUACUGAAAGUGAAAAGAUAUCUUCAUCAUGAUAUUCUAAUAUAAGAAACAGAGAAUGAAAUCCACAGGACUCCCUAAAAACACAGUAUUUCACCUUACAUCCUGGGUCACACAGAGCGAUGUGUCUGUGCCUGAUGCGCGCUCUCGUCUCAUGGGUUGUGUCCUCACUUUUUGGAUAGGAUAACACAACUGUAACAUAAAAGAGUUGUUUAUGAAAUCAAUCUUUGCCUUAACCCCAAGAUUAAACACACAAAACUGUAACUUCAAACAGAGAUGAUUUUUAUGCCUCAGAGAUGUUAUGUUUUUGGGCUGUUCGUCCAUAUGAUGUAUAUACAUCUGUCCAUACGUCUGUACAUCCGAGUCGUGUAAACAUGAUAUUUCUUUAAGAAUGCCUUGAGGAAAUUUCUUCAUAUUUGGCACAAACGUUCACUUGGACUAAACGAACUGAUUAGAUUUUGGUGGUCAAAGGUCAAGGUCACUGUGCCCUUGUGUAUGUCCCAGUCUCGUGAACACGAUAUCUCAAAAACAACUUGAGCAAUUUUCUUCGACUUUGGCACAAUUUCACAUGGACUCAGCAGUGAACUGAUUAGAAUUUGGUGGUCGAAGGUCAAAGGUCAAGGUCAUUGUGACCUUACAAAACAUUUUUGACCAUAACUCAAGAAUUUGUAUGCUAAUUAUGACAAAAUUUCACAUGAAUGACUAAUAAGAUAAAAUAAUGAAGUGAUGACGUUUUACAUCCAAAAGGUCAAAGGUCAGCUUCCCUGUGAGAUCAUAGUGUUCUGCAAAAACACUUUUAUUCUGGCCAUUGCUCAACAUCAUAUCUCAGGAACAGAAGGGGAGAUGUUUAGUCAGAUACUGAAGUGGUGACACUAAUCUUUGGUGUCCACCUUAAAACUGUGCUGAUUGUACAGACCUUCUGUUCUGCCAGGGGCAAGAUGUUUAUGAAGCAUUCAUGUUUUCACAGACAUUGAUUCUUGCUUCAACUACAGCUAACGUUAGACUUCCCUGCAGAUUUGCCACUCAGUCCACCUUCUUAUUUCCAUCAAACCAAAAUAAUUCAGGAUUUUUGUUCUUCGUUCUUAGAAAGGUCACACAAAGUAUGAACAUGCACUCAGAGCACAGGCUGAGACGGGCUUGCUAAAGCAUGCACUGCUGCAUCCUGCAAAACCACGGCCGUCAAGGUAAAUAUCGUGUUUUUAAGGAGUCCCCAAAAUCCACAGCAAAUUCAAGGCCUCAGCAAUGUUUGUAGUACGGAAUUCCUUCAUUAUGUUUGCCCACUCUGUGUUUCAGUACAUUAGUGGAGGGCUAGUCAGAUGGUUAAUGCUGAGCACAGUGUCAUGUGGACGCAAGUCAGAGUGUUUUAAAGAGUAACACAAAGAGAGAAAGCUGUACUAAAAACUGCCAAAGCUUCAUGUUACCCCCAGAUUGAUUUAAUGUGCAUUUUCACUGUGAAUUUUGACCCCCAUCUCUUACCGUACAGUGGAAUCACAUUAGGCUCAGUAUGGCCAGUAUGGACAGGAGGAAGAAUUACAGAAAACCAAAAAACUGUCUGCGUUACAUGGACAUGUGGGAAUUGUUUAAAGACAAAAAAAUUCUAAUCCUUUAAAAUUCUGUGCGUCAGUGUCUCUCAGGAACUUGGAUGAUGUCGGGAAGAUUUCAAAAACGGCUUCUCUCUAUGUCUGUAAAACUGUAAUUGUGGAUAAGCUAAGCUUUCAUCGUAUUAUUCCUCCAAAUAAUAUUAGUUUCAUCAUUUUAAUUCACCCCAUCAAUAAAGUUACGGCAGUCUAUUUCAAGUAAAGACCAAAGUGUUUAAAUAUUAUCUCUAUGCAUUGCAAUCAAAUACCGCAACAGCCAAAGACGACAUGUGUUCAUCAAAUUUAAUUUAAGUAAUAUUUAAAAUAGCAUAAAUUAUUAUGUCUGAAGGGCUUCGUUUAGUGAUUGCAUAUUGUAGAUAUCAUGGAGCUUUACUGCCAUCGUUGUCUUAUGAUAUUAAGAAAUAUAUUAGACUGCGUAAUAAUGAGUCUAUAGUCAUAGGAUAUUAAAUUUAAAAGACCCACUUUCUUUUUUAAAUUGAGGAAUGUUUGGUUUUCAUUUUAUCUGUAAAUGUACUUUGCACUGUAUUUUUGUGCACUGGAUUUCUGUGUGUUUUAGUUGCAUAUUCAACUUGUUCUGCAAAAAGCAAAAUAUAGUCAGAAUUUGGGUUUGGAUGCACUUCCACUUAUUGUCCACAAGGGGUCAUGUUACUUCUUAAAAUUUGGGAUUUGGAUUUGGAUGGGAAAGUGCCCAUCAGGGGAGGACCAGCCCUAAACUGUUGGUGAUUAAUUAUCUAAUGAAUCUCUGUGACAAGACACAGGUUCAGUGGUUCACCCUGAACACAUGCGACAAAUCCAUCAUGACAAACUCUGCAGAGAUUCUUGUUGGAGGUCUUCAAGUUCAAGUGCUGCUGUGGAAAUAGCUCCUUUUUUCCUCUUUUUUAUGCAGUUAUGUGGAUUAAUAUCAGCAUGAAGAACCAAAUGAUCAGUAUUCUGAUGUUUUGGGGUUGUGUUUUUAUAUGUUUGCUGAAUGCUUCACUAACAGAACAAAGACAGAUUUUUAUUUGACAUUUGUUGUGAUUCCUUUUAAAUAAAAAGUUUGAUUUGUACGUUGA